AUGACCUGUGCUCUCCCUCUCUCCCUCUCUUGUCUCUCCGUCUCUGUCUCUCUGGCUGAGGGGAAAGACGAAGACGACUAUCAAUUACCUAUCUUUGACAGCCGUCGUCUAUACGGGCCAGUGCAUCAAGUUCUCUCUCUCCCUCUCUCUCCGUCUGUCUAUAUGUCUAUGUCUAUGUCUCUUCUCAUCGUCCCUCGUCUUCCUUUCCCGAGAGAGCGGUUAUGCUUACCUGCAUCGAAGGGAGAGGCAGACAUGAAACUCGUCUGUUUGUCGUUCUUCUGCCUCUUCCUCGACUUCUUCGUCUUCGUCUCUUCUUCUCCCAUGGUCCCGCAAUUAGCUUUUUUUGCAAAAAAAAAAAAAAAAAAAAAAAAAAAAAGAACAGGAACAGGAACAGGAGGACGGAGAAGGGAGGAUCGCCUUGCUUGGUUUGAUGGGCUGGAGAGCUGCAACUUGUUAUGUCAUCUCGGCUUCCUUGUUUCUCCCUGCUCGUUCACCGUCGUCGUCGUCGUCGUCGUCGUCGUCGAUAUCAUCUUCUUAACUUCAAGAGUCACCUGUUUGUUCCUUGAUGGUUUCUUCUUCUUCGCGUCGGCUAUGAUGGCCAGCUCACUAACUGCUUACUCACAUGGAGGCUACAGGCGUAUUAACCCUGUCAGGAAUAUGCGAUGGGGAACGAGGGAAAAGAAAAGAAGACGCCGUGAUCAAGAUGUUUGUUUCUUGUUGUCGUUGUCUUCUUCGCCUUCUACCUUUACUCUCUCUGCCUCUCUCUCUCGUUAA